AUCCACUCCGGGUUUGAGUGAUCCACUCCGGGAUCCGCGAUCCGGGAUCGGGUUGGUGUUGUUGCGGGGAGCGCGGGCCCGGAGCCGGGGAGCGGGAGCGGGGUUUGAUCCGAGAGUCCGCCCCGAGCCCCCGGCUCUGUCCCGGGAACCGGCCCCAGGGGCGGGAGAUGGCGGCGAACAGAGAGAGGAGCACCGAGGAUGGCCUGCACCUGAAUAAUUCCCUCAGCUCUCCGGAGUCAGAAGAUUUUCCACGUUUGACUGUUCCUUUUGGUGGGACCAUAAUGGGAGGGAUGAGACCAGGGAAGAAGAUCAUCAUAAUGGGAAUAGUGGAUCCCAACCCUACAAGCUUUGAGAUCAGCCUGUGCUGUGGAGACUCUGAUGUAUCACCAGCUGACGUCGCCGUUGAACUCCAGGCAAGAUUUCCUGAUCAACAGUUUGUCCGAAAUGCUUUUGUCUCUGGAGAAUGGGGAGAGGAGGAGACUUCAAUUCCAUAUUUCCCCUUCAUCCCAGAUCAGCCGUUUAGGCUGGAGAUGCAUUGCGAAUACCAACGAUUCCGAAUAUUUGUCGAUGGGCACCAGCUCUUUGAUUUUCACCAUCGUGUCUCUGACUUAUCAGGAAUUGACAAGAUAAAAAUCUUCGGAGAUUUGCAGCUGACCAAACUGGGUUAAGAUAUUUUUGGGACUGUCAGGAGGAACUGUGACGUUUUCCAUCGGUCUGUCAAAGACUCGCCGUCACAUUGUGUGGCAGAGCCAUCUGGGUCUGAGCUAUCUUGGUGUCAGGCUCCAUUGUCUACUGUCUCAACGGAAACAUGGAACCAUUGUUCAGACAUUGGCAAUGUCACUGAUUUGGGGAAUUGGGGGAAGCACUCAUAACAGAAGUAAAAUCCAACUGGAGAUGGCUCUGAGCCUGCUAGCAUAAUUUAUUCUGAUCGGUUUGUGUGUGGGACAUCUGCACCAAGGGGUAGGGAGGGAGGAUAAGGGCAUUGAUUGGAGUGAUUUCUUUUUGUGUGUUGUUUAUACCAUGCACUACAGUCUCUGCACUGAAAUGACAGCACAACUCAUUAACAAAUAUAUAUUUUAAAACAAAGAGCAGAACUAGUCAGGGUAUUGUCUAGAUUGUAAAUAAUUUUUGUAGAAUGUAACAUGGAUGGUGUGGUUUGUGUUCUAUAUGACACUAGAUACUUAUUUAUAUACAUCAUGCAUUUUAGUCUUAAUGAAUCAUUAACCAUUGGAAUGUUAGCAAAUGAUUGUAUUAGAUAUUUAGAUGAUUCUGUAACUAAAGAUAUAUUUCUUGAUACUCGUAACUUAUUAAUAGUUUUAUUGAUAAGAUCACAUGUUUUAUUGCUUCCAAUCAAUAAUCACUUCUAAAAUAAAGAGACAUAAUCUGUAAUGUUCAUCAUAAAGUUCUUAUUUCUGGGAAAUAUCUCGCAGUUUCUGCUUCAACAUGUUUCAAAUUAAUCUGCUAAACCGAGCUUUUAAUUAGAUCAAUUGGUAUCAGCAGGAACUGCAUUUUCUAUAAGUUAUUGUAAUUUACAUAAUAUUUCACAAAAAAUUUCUAAAUGUAAAAAGAUUAAUUUCAAGGAACAAUUGAAUAUCUAAUACUUUACAUAUUUUCCGUGUUUGCUCUCAGUCACCGUUAUUUACCAGGGAAAAUAACAGACUUUGAGAAUGAUAGAUCCAAUGAGCAGAGAGAUUACUGAUUGUGUUUCAUGAUAAAAUACUUUGUCAGAGGUUGUGCUAGAAUACGGCACAUUAAUUUUGAGAGUAUUGCAUUCAGGAUCCGAGUAUGUCUGUCAGAUGGAGCGGAAACACUUGGCUGUUUUCCAUUUAACCUUCCUAUUUAUGUAUGUUGCUGCAUUUGUCAAGCGAGUGUAUUUUUCACAAGCCCCUCGGUGCAGUGUGUAUCCAUCUCGGAAUCUGCACAUUUCACUGCCAGGCAGAGACAGAAACAUUCUGACAAUGUUCAUUUCAGGCUGAUCACCGUCUCCCAUUCUGGGAGUGAGCAAUAACCAGCAGAUAUUGGUGAUGUGAUCUCAUUGUGGUGUGAAGACUGAAUUAACAACAGAACUCGCUGCUUAAUUGUUACACUUCAUAUUUUAUACUUUUCUUGAUGUUGGAUUACUUGGUGGAUACUUUGACACAUUUGUCAAUGUAUAGAAACCUGUAAACAAAUGAAGAUGUCUUUCGAAAUGUAAUGUUGGUAAAAGUGCCAGGCACUUCAUUUUGUUUAGAUCAAUCUUUAGAAAAAUUAAAAAUAAACAUUUAUAAUUUCCCUA